UGACGCCCGAGGAUGGCGGCGGCGGCGGCGGCGGCGGCGGCGGCCUUGGCCGCGGCCCGGAGAGGGUCAGCACAGCCGCCGAGACGCCGAAGAGCCCGCCGCCCGCGCGAGGUGUAGACGGGACGCUGCCUGCAGAGCAGGUCCUGCCAGCCUUGCUGGAGAGGAUGCCCCCGUGUCCGUGAUGGGCUGUGGGACAAGCAAGGUCCUUCCUGAGCCGCCCAAGGAUGUCCAGCUGGAUCUGGUCAAGAAGGUGGAGCCCUUCGGUAGCACUAAGAGCGAUGUGUACAAGCACUUCAUCACGGAGGUGGACAGUCUCAUUCCACCCAAAGCCGGGCUCCCAGCAGCCGACCAGUAUGGAGGCCCCUGUCCCGGGGCCCUCACCACCACCGGCCCCACAGAACCUCCUUCUGAACCACCGCGCAGGACCAGGGUGGCUAAGUACAGGGCCAAGUUUGAUCCGCGAGUGACAGCCAAGUAUGACAUCAAGGCCCUGAUCGGUCGAGGCAGCUUCAGCCGAGUGGUGCGUGUGGAGCACCGGGCCACCCGGCAGCCGUAUGCCAUCAAGAUGAUCGAGACCAAGUACCGGGAGGGACGGGAGGUGUGUGAGUCGGAGCUGCGCGUGCUGCGCCGCGUGCGCCACGCCAACAUCAUCCAGCUGGUGGAGGUGUUCGAGACGCAGGAGCGCGUGUACAUGGUCAUGGAGUUGGCCACCGGGGGCGAGCUCUUCGACCGCAUCAUCGCCAAGGGGUCUUUCACGGAGCGCGACGCCACCCGGGUGCUGCAGAUGGUGCUGGAUGGCGUCCGCUACCUGCACGCGCUGGGCAUCACGCACCGAGACCUCAAGCCUGAGAAUCUGCUCUACUACCACCCGGGCACGGACUCCAAGAUCAUCAUCACCGACUUCGGCCUGGCCAGUGCCCGCAAGAAGGGCGAUGACUGCCUGAUGAAGACCACCUGUGGCACGCCCGAGUACAUCGCCCCCGAGGUGCUGGUCCGCAAGCCCUACACCAACUCCGUGGACAUGUGGGCUCUGGGUGUCAUCGCCUACAUCCUGCUCAGUGGCACCAUGCCCUUUGAGGAUGACAACCGCACCCGGCUGUACCGGCAGAUCCUCAGGGGCAAGUACAGUUACUCGGGGGAGCCCUGGCCCAGCGUGUCCAACCUGGCCAAAGACUUCAUUGAUCGCCUGCUGACGGUGGACCCCGGAGCCCGCAUGACCGCCCUGCAGGCCCUGAGGCACCCGUGGGUGGUGAGCAUGGCAGCCUCCUCGUCCAUGAAGAACCUGCACCGCUCCAUCUCACAGAACCUCCUGAAACGCGCCUCCUCGCGCUGCCAGAGCACCAAGUCGGCCCAGUCCACGCGCUCCAGCCGCUCGACGCGCUCCAACAAAUCCCGCCGCGUGCGGGAGCGGGAGCUGCGGGAGCUCAACCUGCGCUACCAGCAGCAGUACAACGGCUGAGCCGCGCGGCUGCAGCUCCUCCUCGGGCGGGGGCCGGUGGGACAGAGGGCGCCCCCGAACGGGGAGCCUGGCCUCCGGUCUCUCGCACAGCGAAGGGGCACAUCGGGCCGAGUAGAGGGCACGUGGGUUCUGGUUCCAGGGCUUUUGGGGACAGUCGCUUCUGGAACCCCCCUCCUCCAUCAAAGCCUGCCUUCCUGGCCCCCACAUUCCGUGGCCUUCUUACCAAAUUAAGCUCGUGCCUUGGCUGGGAUCUCAGACCCUGGCUAGAUCCACCCCCCACCCCCCACCUCCCGGUCAGGAUCUGUCUUCCUUCCUGGUGCCCCCAGGAACCUUUUCUGACCCUGGCACUUACCAGGAAGGGGCGGUGGUAGGGACCGGGGUCCUUGUGGACUGUGUAGCCCUGUGGGUGCUGUGCUCCAGGCACCGUCCUCGCUCGUGCUGUGAGAGUCCCUGCUCCAGCCCACCUCCCUCAGUGCCUUUGCUGUCUUGUUUGGUUGCAUUCGGGGAGGUGGGGAGGGGCACACCUGGCAGUGCUUAGGGGCUGCUGCCAACAUGGUCCUUGAGGAUCCCUCCCUGGUGGUGCUAUGGGAACCGUGGGGUGCUGGGGAUCCAGCCUGGGCCCUCUGUGUGCAGAGAAUGCACUCAGCCCUUUGAGCUAGCUCCCUGGCCCCCUCUGUGCCUUCACCAAACCCAUCGCACCCAUUUCCCCCACCCUGCGGAUGCCUGUUCUAUUCCCUAGGUGCCUCCAUCCCAACCUGAGGGGAAUUAACGGGAGCCCCACUGCUGCUACCUGGAGGGGAUGGUGGCACCUGGGGCCGAGACAGCGAGCCAGGUAUUCCCAGACAGCUGUUGGGAUUCCAGCGGGACUCCCCGUGCCCACCGCCCCUUUCAAGCCUUCCCACGGCGGUCUCUGUAGCUGCACAAGGGCGCCAUCUAGUGUCUGGCACAAGUAGGGCAGCCUGCACGUCCCGCCUCCCCCCCACCCCCUCCGAGAGGAAGUGGGAAGGAAGAGGCAGCUGCACCCGGGAAGGGCAAGGGCGCUGCUGCCCAGCACCUCCCCACCAUUCCCCCCACGCCCCCCCCUUCUGCGCAGCUCCCCUGGAACUUAGCCAUACUGUGUGACCUGCCUCUGAACCCUGAGUGCCUGGGCCCGGCCCAGCCUGUCUCCGCUUCCUUUCACAGCACUGACCUGUCAGUCUGGGUCCUGCUGGAUCUCGGGCUGGAGGGACCCCCCAGGGAGGGGGGUGGCACUGGGUGACUGCUUUCCCAGAGGCCUGAGCCAGACCAGUCCCCUGUCUGCCACGGUGUCUCCCCCUUCCUCCACCCCGUCCCCCCAAACCGGGCUGGAACCCACGCCCCCUCCACAGCUGCUCUGUAGGAGAGAGCCAGCUGGAACCUUCGCCAGAUCACUGGCCUCCCCUCCGCCACCACUUUUUCCAUGUGCCACCUUUUGUGGGAAAUCAAGCCAAAGAGACCACUCUGGGCCAAGUCUACUGUGCCUGAUACAUCCCGACACCCCCCAGUUCUGUCCGGGCCCCCAAGCCCCACGAUCUCAGAACUCCCCCUAGUGCCUGGGUUCUUCCCUCUGAUUCUGUGGCAGGACACAGGGGUUUGGGGACUUGGGCCUCUGAGAGGCCCACCUGGGCCUUCACACGGGGGCCAUGGCUGGAGAAUGUGCAGUUAUUUAUUUUGUGUACUCAGUUGGUAAAUGUACCCUCAAUAAACAGGCCACCUUCCCCCAGGGAAGUGUCCACUCCA